GCAACAGUGGCAGAAUGAAAGGAAACCAUUUGUGCAUGUGGUCACGACCAAUGCAAUCUUGGACGGAUGCAGCAUCUAUCCGUCCUGCAGAUUAAGAUUAGAUCAGCAGCUCAAACACUGUGAUUGCUUAAAGCACCGGCAGGGUGCCAAAGGGCCGGCCGGCGCGGAAGAUCGCCGAAGCAAGAACAAGAAGAAAAGGAUCACCGGCCGGCCGGCCGGAUCCCCCCGAGAAGAAGGGCAGGCCUCCGAGGAAAAGGCGCCAAGAGCGAUCGCAUAUCCCUCCUGCAUAUUCCCCGUCUGACGGGCAUCCCAAGAGCACAACAACGUGUAUAUAUAUGUAUAUCUGAAGGCUCGAUUCGACGCGUACUACCCGCGUGCGUGUAUGUGGAUGCAGCAGCCAAUGGCGAAGGACGCCGGCGCUGGUGCUACCAGUGAGGUCGCCGGCGACGCCGAGCAGCAGCAGCAGGAGGAGGAGAAGCCGGUGGUGCUGAUCACCGGGUGCGCCAAGGGCGGCAUCGGGUACGAGUACUGCCUGGCCUUCUCGGCGCUGGGGUGCCGCGUGGUGGCCACCGACAUCCCGGAGCGCGUGCCGGACCUGGGCGACCUCGCGGCCCUCAAGCUGCCGCUGGACGUGACCUCGGACGCGAGCGUGGAGGGCGCGGUGCGCCGCGUGGUUGCCGAGCACGGGCGCAUCGACGUGCUGGUGAACAACGCCGGGGUCGGGUGCACGGGCCCGCUGGCGGAGCUGCGUCUGGAGUCGGUGCGGCGCGCCAUGGACGUCAACUUCCUGGGGCAGGUCCGGACGGUGCGCGCCGUGGCGCCGCACAUGGCGCGGCGCGGGUCCGGGCGCGUCGUGAACGUGGGCAGCGUGGUGGGCCGCGCCGCCACGCCCUGGGCGGCGCCCUACUGCGCGUCCAAGGCGGCGGUGCGCGCCGCCACGGACGCGCUGCGGCUGGAGCUCCGGCCCUUCGGGGUGCACGUCGUGGAGGUGGUGCCCGGCGCCGUGCGGUCGGGGCUGGGGCACGCCAACGCGGCGGCGCUGCCGGUGCGGGAGGAGUGGCGGCUGUACCGCGGGUUCGCGGCGGCGAUCGAGGAGCGGGCGCGGGCGUCGCAGGGUGGGAGGGCGACGGAGGCCGGGGCGCUGGCGAGGCACGUGGCGCGGCGGGUGAUGAGCGCGCGGCCGCCGCGGGAGAUCGUGUACGGGCACAUGACGCUGCUGUUCGCGGCGCUGGCGGCGGCGCCCGGGUGGGCGCGCGACGCCUUCUUCGCCAGGCGAUUCGGCCUCCACAACACCACCAAGCCCAUCGUCAUACCAGGCUCCGACUAGCUUGCAUUGCAUUGCUUGGCCCGGCCCGGCCCAUGUGGUGGGUUUUCUACUUAUUUUUAUUAUAAGGCCCAAGAAAGAAAGAAAUUAAAUCAAAUUGGGCUCCAGCGUUGUGCGCGGCCCACGAACGAAGUCUGUCUCUCUCACAUUUAUUUUUUCAGUUGUAGACAAGCCUUGAAUUUGGGGCA